UACUCCCACAUGAUGAUGCCUCAUUUUGCGAAUUUAAAUGUCAAACAAUGUGUUUGUCUUUUGCAGGUUGUGCGUUUGUAAAAUAUCAGAGUAACGCAGAAGCGCAGGCGGCCAUCAGCUCUCUUCACGGCAGCCGAACUCUCCCGGGCGCUUCUUCUAGUCUGGUUGUGAAGUUUGCAGACACGGAGAAGGAGCGAGGGAUCAGGCGUAUGCAGCAGGUGGCCUCUCAGCUGGGCGUCAUCAGUCCCAUGAGCCUCCACCUGGGCGCCUACAACGCCUACACACAGGCACUUGUCCAGCAGCCGUUGGUUGCUCAGUCUGCAUAUCUGUCUCCGGUUGCGACGGUUGCAGCAGUGCAGAUGCAGCAAUUGGCAGCUCUCAACCCCAGCAGCAUCAUCGCUACACCCAUCGCCUCAAUCACGCCCUCCUCAGGUACGAGCACCCCUCCAACCAUCGCCGCCACACCUGUGCCUGCUCUGCCUCCACCCAUCGCAGUCAACAGUUACCCACCGGUCCCUGCAGCGCCCAAUGGCCAGUCUGCCUCCGAAGCACUCUACACUAACGGGGUCCACCCAUAUCAGGCUCAGAGUCCUGCGUUGGAUCCUCUCCAGCAGGCGUAUACAGGCAUGCAGCACUACACGGCUACAUAUCCCGCUGCUUAUGGAUUGGUCGGUCAACCGUUCCCACAUCAGCCCACCUUGGUUGCCCAGCAACCCCAACAGCCGCAGCAGCUGCAACAACGAGAAGGACCAGAGGGCUGCAAUAUCUUUAUUUAUCAUCUGCCGCAGGAGUUCACCGACUCGGAGAUGCUGCAGAUGUUUCUGCCCUUCGGUAACGUCAUCUCAGCCAAGGUGUUCGUUGACCGUGCCACCAAUCAGAGCAAAUGCUUUGGUUUCGUAAGCUUCGACAACCCGGCGAGCGCACAGGCCGCCAUCCAGGCCAUGAACGGCUUUCAGAUCGGCAUGAAGAGGCUCAAAGUGCAGCUGAAGAGGCCUAAAGACGCCAACCGUCCAUACUGAGACCAACAGGGAAGACAGGAGAGGACUAACGGAGUCAGUUACGAGUCACUUUUCCUCCGCUGCAAAUAACGGGACCAACAACUUUCGCAAAACUACAGUAUAAAAAAACCUACCGAGAUUAUUUAAACGAAAACUAUACAUGUAAUAACAAAGACAGACUUAUUGCACAAGGUGCAGGUUAAAUAGAAGGAUUUACUACCUUAACAGUAUACGAUAUAGGACCAAUCUGCACCGCAGCGCCACUCGCUCUUCUGCUUCACACGCUGUCGGCCGUGUGCUUGUGGGUCGUCAUCUUUCUGCCCUCGGCCUGCACAUCUACGCACUACACACACACACACACACACACACAUAAAUGGGACCAAUGCAAAUGUGUCAGUACUACACAAAUUUCGCUUCUGGGUUCGAAAGAACUACUGACUAUCAAAGUCUUUCUGCAGCAAUCUAAAAAUGUGUAUAUAGAAAUUUGAGGGGAUCAUGUUGUAGACAUAUCGAAACGGUUUGGGAGGGUGGGACUGGGUCAACGUGAUCAGAGCAAAGAAAUCAUGGUAGAUAGAGAAAAAGAAUAUCCUUUGGGGAGUUUUGAAGGAGUUUGCUCUCGGUCUCUAAUCUGAGUCCAGUUAUACAUAGUUCUUCAUCUUUAAUACUUACGGAAACAAAAAGACCUGUGUGGGGUAUAGGAUGCUGGUCCUAUGUUGCAAUCCUCCCUAAAAUUACUGAAUAUAGUUUAUCACAGAGAGGCUGUAGUUAGAGUUUUUUGUUUUGUUUUUAGCUUUGUUAGUUUUACGUUCGUUUUUUUUAACAAAACAAAAAAAAAUUGUGGAUGAUUGGAGAAGAUUCAUGAAAGUUACAAACAUUUAAAAUGUAUUUCAUUGUAAAUAUCAUGCUUUUAAAAUGAAGGUCAAGAUUUAAACAUUUGGGAUAUUAUUAUUAUUAUUGCUAUUAUUAUUAUUAUUAUUAUUAUUUAGGGAAAGUAAUUUCUAUCUUUUUUUGCAAUUAAUUUAUUAAUUUCAUGGAGGGCAUUUUUUAAAUUAUUUAUGAAGAUAGCGGAUCAUUGGCACGUCUAAUGAAUCCAUGUAUUUUUAGACAUUUUAUUUACAGAUUUACC